GAUGUUAUUGUAUCUUCUUGACUUCCCUUUGACUUGAGGACCUUGUUGUUUUUCAGGAAAACUGACAUUGAAGAUCCCUUGGAAGAACUUGUACAAUGAUGCUGUAGUUGCAACGUUAGAUGGUCUCUAUCUGCUGGUGGUUCCUGGAGCAACUGUGUCUCAGUUACGUACAUGUCCAUACAAUGCGAUAAAGUAUGACGCCGCGAAGGAGGAGCGUUACCAGCAGGAGGCCAAGCAGAAGGAGCUGCAGCGCAUUGAGGAGGCGCUACUGAUGGCUGCUCGCAGAGACUCUCAGACGGGAGAGCUGCUGUUUAAUCUGGAAAGUGUUGUGUAUAAGGAGCCUCAGCAUGGAUUUAAGAUUAAAAAACACAAAAAAGGCUUUAAGAGUCUAAAAUCUUUAAAACGCCAUGAAAACAAACAAGAAAAGCCUCAGAAAGAUGAGAAGAAGGACACGUUUGCUGAGAAGCUGGCCACGCAAGUCAUCAAGAACCUGCAAGUCAAGAUCACCAGCAUCCAUAUCAGAUAUGAGGACGAUAUAUUAGACCCCCAGCAGCCCCUCUCUAUGGGAGUCACCCUGGCUGAGCUGAGUCUACAGACGACCGAUGAGAACUGGAAGUCGUGUAUUCUGAACGAGGCAGCCAGGAUCAUCUACAAGCUGGGCCGGUUUGGAAUGUCUGUGCGCCUACUGGAACGUCAACAGUCCCAUCUUCUAUAA